GGGACUUUGCGAGCUGCUCGUACUCCAUGGAGGUCGGCGUGUAGCUAGGGUUUGAUCGGGCCCAGUUGAAGAAGCGGAGAGAGUCGUUGGCGGAUCGGGAGGUGGCGCGGAGGACUCUGAACACGAAUUCGGAGGUUACGGGGAGGCGGAGACGGUUCAGGGAUCGCUCUGGGUGGAUUUCGCGGCGGACGAGGUUGACGACGUGGUUGAUCGCGGCGAAGUAGUCUCCUUUGGUUGAUGCUGGGUUUGAAUCGGAGCUUUGCAAAGGCUCGAGACUGGUGAAAUGACGAAUAAUUGAUUCAUCGAAGGGUAUGAAAUCGAGGGUGGAGAUAGAAAAGAGGCUUCUUUUGGUAUAACGGCGGAGGAGAAACAUUUCUCGCCGGAGAAGACUUUACUCCGAUGAGAUGAGGUGAAGAUGAGGUGAAGAUGGUAACCCAAAACGCAGCGUUUACUACUUUAUUCAGUUAGCUUCGAAACGCAACGUUUUAAGAGUUAAAAUUCAUUUAUUCAUCAGCUAACUUAAAACGCUGCGUUUUGAGACUGGAAGCCCUAGGGUUUAUUAUUCUCCACUAUAUAAACAUGAGUUUAUUGUUACUUGGGCCACUCUCUGCAUUUAGGUUUUCAUUUUAGCGGCGGGCGAAAGAGAAGGAGAAGAAGGUCCUAUCCAUGGCGACUCAAGCGGCUAAACAAUCCGUUCAAUGCUUCGGGCGUAAGAAGACAGCAGUGGCUGUAACCCACUGCAAGCCUGGAUGCGGUAUGAUCAAGCUCAACGGCUCCCCGAUCGAGCUGUUCAACCCAGAGAUCCUCCGUUUCAAGAUCUUCGAGCCAGUCCUUCUCCUCGGCAAGCACCGUUUCGCUGGCGUCGACAUGAGGAUCCGUGUCAAGGGUGGUGGUCACACUUCCCAGGUCUACGCCAUCCGUCAGAGUAUCGCCAAGGCGCUCGUGGCGUUCUACCAGAAGUACGUGGACGAGCAGUCGAAGAAGGAGGUGAAGGAUAUCCUUAUCCGUUACGAUAGGACUCUCCUUGUGGCGGAUCCGAGGAGGUGCGAGCCGAAGAAGUUUGGUGGGCGUGGUGCUCGCUCCCGUUUCCAGAAGAGUUACCGUUAAAAGAUGGUUUGUUUUGUUUCGGUUUCGGAUCGUUGCAAGGUUUCAUUUUCAGGCUUUAUGUUUUGUUUGGAUAUCUAAGAACUUAUUAUGUUUUGCUAUGUUUACGUGUUUGGUAUCGGAAAGUUUUAAUAUUUAUCACUUUAUGUUUA